AUGGAGGCCAUGAUGGCUCUUGCAAUCUUACUCUUUGUGAGCUUUGGAAUUUGUCAAGCAGUGGCUACUCCAUCUGUUGUUGUACAAGAUGGCUCAGGAUCAUUCCGAACAAUAAAUGACGCUUUAAGAGCUGCACCAAGUUACAGCAGAGAAAAGGUUAUAAUAGUUAUAAAGAAGGGUAUCUACUACGAGCAAGUGACUGUUGGACAAGAGAAGACAAAUAUAGUGCUAAUUGGUGAAGGUGUGGAGAAUACAGUCAUAUCGGGGAGCAAAAGUGUUGCUACUGGCUUUGGUUUGCAGGAAACUGCAACCGUCGGGAUUCUAGGCAAUGGCUUCAUGGCCCAGGGAAUCACUUUCAAAAACACAGCUGGACUCAAUGGCCGACAAGCUGUAGCACUUCUUACUAGUGCUAAUUACGUAACAUUUUACCAAUGCAGGUUUAUGGGCUACCAGGAUACCCUCUAUGCAAAAUAUGGGAUAGCUUUUUUUAGGGACUGUGAGAUAAUUGGGACAGUGGAUUUCAUCUUUGGAGAUGCUGCUUCUAUAUUCCAAAACUGCAUCAUUCGUGCCCGACAACCCCUUCCAGAGCAGUAUAUCACUAUAACGGCGCAAGGAAGGACAACCACUAGUAGAGGGACAGGAUUUAUCUUCCAAAACUGCUCAGUCUACACUGAGGAAUUACAUCAAGCUAAAACUAAGGUCCAAUGUUACUUGGGAAGACCCUGGAAGGACUUCUCUAGAACCGUCUUCAUGCAGAGUUUUAUGGAUGCUGGAGUUAAUCCAGCAGGUUGGAUUCAAUGGGAAAUGCAAGCCCGGGUUCAUCCCUACUUUGCCGAAUACGCAAAUAGGGGACCGGGGGCUGGGACAACAAGGGUUCAAUGGUCAAUCAUUAUAAAAAGCCCUACAGAAGCAUCUCAAUUCACCCUCAGAAAUUUCCUACAGGGGGGAACUUGGAUUCCCCCGGCAGUGCCACGAUAUUUAGACCUCUAG